UACGUGAGAACUGACAUUGUAUGAAAGAGGAAGUGAGGCCAGGCGCGGCGGCUCACACGUGUAAUCCUAGCACUGUGGGAGGCCGAGGCGGGCGGAUUGCCGAAGCUCAGGAGUUCAAGACCAGCCUGGGCAACAUGGGACCUCCCGAAUUCCCUGGUAACAGUGUUCAUUCUCUUCACCUUGGAUCAUUGGUAUGCACUGCUUCAGGACGUCUGGAAGGUGCCUGAAGUCAGUCGCAUCUUCAGCAGCAUCUAUUUCAUCCUUUGGUUGUUGCUUGGCUCCAUUAUCUUUCGAGUCAUUAACUUUCAGAAUAUCAGGAAAGAGCUGCAUGAGGAGAUGGCAAGUCGGGAGGUUCAGCUCAAAGCUGAUAUGUUCAAGCGGCAGAUCAUCCAGAGGAGAAAAAAACAUGUCACGUGAGGCACUGAGGUCAAGCCACAGCAAAAUAGAUGCCAGAGGAGCUAGUCAACAAAGGGAAAGUUUGGACUUAUCAGAAGUGUCUGAAGUAGAGUCUAAUUAUGGUGCCACUGAAGAGGAUUUAAUAACAUCUGCAUCAAAAACAGAAGAGACCUUGUCAAAAAAGAGAGAGUACCAGUCUUCCUCCUGUGUCUCCUCCACAUCCUCUUCCUAUUCUUCCUCUUCUGAAUCCAGAUUUUCUGAAUCUAUUGGUCAUUUGGACUGGGAAACUCUUGUGCACGAGAAUCUGCCCAGGCUAAUGGAAAUGGAUCAGGAUGACUGUGUUUGGCCCAGAGACUCACUCUUCCAAUAUUUUGAGUUGCUAGAAAAGCUUCAGUAUAACCUAGAGGAGCAUAAGAAGUUACAAGAGUUUGCAGUGCAGGCACUGAUGAACUUGGAAGACAAGUAAAGCAAUGGAUGGCUUCAAUAUCCUUGGGCCCAGCAAAAGAUAAUGAAGGGAAUUGUUGGAAAUAGAGAAUUGAAAAUAUAAACAUUCAGAUAGAACAAUGUCUGUUCAUUAAAAUUAAAAAGUAUAAGUGUCUACGCC